AUGACUACCGUCAUUGAUGUAUCUGGUCCUCGUGGAGCUAACGGACUAAAUGGAAGUAGUGCAGCAAUAUAUAGUUUCGGACUAGAAAAUGGUAACCAUGGAAGUGAUGCUACAAAUCCGACCAUGGGUACAGAUGCAGGAGAUAUUGAAUUGAAAAUAACUGAAAUAGAUAGUAUUGAUGGUGCCUCAAUUGAAUUUUUGGGACAAUAUCGUACACCAGGAUAUGUUGUUCAUGACUAUCAAAACACUUUCUCAUGCGAAAAAGUUAGUUUAUUUAUAUUAAGAGCACGAGGUGAUGGAGGGCAUGGAGGCAAUGGUGGUAAUGGUGCCGAGGGUUAUUCAGGAAUGGAUGCCACUCGAUCGACUCCUGGGACUGAUGGAGGAAGAGGCGGUAAUGAUGGCAAUGCAGGCGCAGGAACUAGGCAAGCACUAAUUCUAAUUUACAAAGCUUUGUUAAUACUUACUAUCAAUAUUUCUGAUUAUGUAUACAUUUAUAGUGGUGCAAAUGGUGGAAAAGGUGGCACGAUUACCUUGCAUAUGAAUGAUACAGACUCUGGAUUACUAAUGUUAUUUGUGGCUGCAUGGACUCCAAAUAUUUCUUACAGUUUAGAUGCAUAUGGAGGAAGGGGGGGAAAUGCUGGUUGCCAUGGACUACCAGGUAUAGGAGGGCAAGGUGGUCGUGGCGGCUAUAGUUAUUCAUGGUCAGAAACUGACGGAAGCAGAGAUCAAAUAAUUAGCUAUUAUUCUAAUCCAGGUGGCUCUCAGGGCCCUUCUGGUAGUAAUGGGAUAAUGGGUUUAACUCUAAUCUCAUAUUUCGCUUCCAGCGUUACAAACGAUGUUACAGAAUACAACGAAAUUUAUGACAUACGUUUGCAUGAGGUUAUUACUCACUCUACUACAGGAGCUUAUGAACCUGAUGCUAAAAUUAUUAUAGAUUCUAUAAUUGUUUACAAUAAAUCUAAUACUCCCACACCAAGACGGGAUAUCCGCGUUAAUAUAAAUAAUACAAUAUGGAUUUACAACCAAAAGCUAAAGGAGCAUAUCUUAUUGCCACAAAUGAUUGAUAAACUUACCAUUAAAGAAAUUAACUGUAAUCAACCUUUUUCAUUUCUUCUUGGAGGAUAUGUAGUAGAUAAGCCAGGUCCUCCUCUUCGAGUCACUGACUUAUUACACUUGACAGCAACAAUGACUGGAAUUGAAAGGAUAUUUUCUGCCUUUGAUUUCAAUGGCCAUUCCAUAAAUAUUCAAUUUCCUAUUGAACUCACUCGAGUUUUACACAUGAAUUCUAUGGUUGUUGAUCAUGCGGUUAAAGUUAUUUGGGAAGUGAAAAAUACAUCUAAAGUGGAUUUUGGCGUUCAAGCAAAAAAUGAACGUCUUAUCCGUGUUAGAUUGAGUAAAGUUGGUGGUGAAGUUUCACCUUCUGCCUUAAAAUUUGGGUUGAAAUCAGAUCAGAAAGGUGUUUCAACAAUUCCUCCAGUACAAAAUAUGGAAAAUGAAUAUAUUUUCGAGAUUCCUUUGCUAAAAGCUGGUGAAACAUUAAAGUUAGAGGCUGCUUUAACAUUAACCGAAGCAGAGGUAUUUGAAUUUGCAGACUUUUGGCUUUAUUUAGAACUUGGAAAAAUUGCCGAACCCUCCAUACCAAAAAUUGUUCAUAUUUUGUCUUUUGGUGUCAGAGUAUCAAUUAUCUAUCGUGGGUUUCCUCAAGGAUUUUAUCCUGAUGUUUUACUUGUUACAAAUCAUAAAACAACACGCGAUGAAUAUUUGGAAUGGGUCAAGUUGUUUAAAGAAAUUCUUGGUCUUCGAUUUUUCAUUUGGGAUAUUUCACAAAUGGGUCAUUUUAGUUUCAUAAGAGAUAUACAAACACUUUACUCGAACGAGCCCACUACAUUAAUGAAAGACCUUUCUGGAAAAACCAUGAUUAUAUUAGAUAACGAAUUUGUUUACGGAGAAUAUGGGCAAAAAGUAACUGCACGAAAUUUUAUAUUGAAGAGUGAGUGGAUUGAGGCAAUACAUAAGAAUGAUAACAAUGCUGGAAAAGAAGAAUGUGUAAAUGUAUUUGACGAACUUUUAACAAAUGCUUUUGAAGAAUUCAGAGAGAACAAGUCUGAAUAUGAAAAUGUUCGUGGAUUCUCACAAUUUUUGAUGGGAAAAGAAAAAGUUCCUUUGGAAAAUGUUCCUCCAGACAAUACAGAAGAAAAUAUCCCAAAAGAAAAUAAUCUAGAAGAAAAUAAUCUAGAAAAAAAUAAUCUAGAAGAAAAUGAUCCAGAAGAAAGUAAUUCAGAAGAAGAUAUUUUGGAAGAACAAUGUGACAUCAAGCAGCUUACCAAUGACCCUGCAAAAUUGAUUGAAGAAAUAACUGAAGUUACAAAAAUUGAUAAAAAUUUGAGGAAACUUCGUCCUCAUUUCCAGCAUCAUGUGAUAUAUGAAUGGAAAAAUGUAAAAUUGCGCUUAUUUCAAUCCAAAAAAAACCGUGAAAAAAAAGGUGGCAGUGUGAUUGUUAUACCAUCCAUGACAACCACAAAACGAAGA